CGCCCCCCAUAACUCCGCCCACGCCGGCCGCCAGCGGGCCGGACCACUCCCUGGUCUCCUCGCGCCCCCUCCUGGCUCCUUGCGGCCCCUCCGAGGCUUUCUGCGCCCCGAGUGCCGAUCAGGCCUCGACCUUCUCCGGCUUCAGGACCACAGCCAGGGCUUGCCGCGCUCAGCACCGCCGACGCCAGGCCGCCCCUCAAGGCUGCACUCCCACUCGGCCCUCCUCCCGGGCGCAACCAGGGACACGCUGGCUCCCGCCCCGCGUGGGCCGCCGGCUCCUCUCCCAACUGCGGUCACGCCCCUCGGAGGCGGCGCGCCGCCUGGCGCACAGCAGGCGCCCGCUUUGCUCCCGCACCGCCCCUCUGAGGACCCAGGGAAGUCAGCCCUUUCCCGACGAUGGACGAGGAGAGCCUGCAGACGGCUCUCCAGACCUAUGACGCACAGCUGCAGCAGGUAGAGCUGGCCCUGGGGGCCGGCCUGGAUCCCUCCGCGCUGGCGGACCUGCGCCAGCUCCAGGGGGACCUGAAAGAGCUGAUCGAGCUCACGGAGGCCAGCCUGGUGUCCGUCAGGAAGAGCAAGCUGCUGGCCACGCUGGACGGAGAGCACCCAGCCCAAGACGGUGCCGAGUACCUGGCUUUCCAGAAGCCCGUGACUGAGGCGCCAGUAUCCCCCAGGGCGGAAGUGGACGCUGUUCCUGAAACAGAGACGGGGCCAGAACCCAGCAAGCCUGGGCAGGAGGAGGAAGAAGGGGAGGACUCGGAGGACGAGGGGGAGCUGAGCGGGAGGAAGGUGAACGCCCCCUUCUACAGUUCGUGGGGCACCCUGGAGUAUCACAAUGCCAUGAUUGUGGGCACAGAAGAGGCCAGCGAUGGCUCCGCAGGCGUCCGCGUGCUCUACCUGUACCCCACCCACAAGUCCCUGAAGACCUGCCCGUUCUUCCUGGAGGGGAAGUGCCGCUUCAAGGAGCAAUGCAGGUUCUCCCACGGGCAGGUGGUCUCCGUGGACGAGCUGCGCCCCUUCCAGGACCCGGACCUAAGCUCCCUGCAGGCCGGCUCUGCGUGUCUGGCCAAGCAGCAGGACGGUCUCUGGUACCCAGCACGGAUCACCGAUGUGGACAGCGGCUACUACACGGUCAAGUUUGACUCGCUGCUGCUGAAGGAGGCCGUGUUGGAAGGAGACAGCAUCCUGCCCCCGCUGCGCACAGAGCCCGCAGGGUCCUCUGACUCAGACAGCAGCGACGUGGACGACCCCAGCUAUGCCAAAGUGGUGGAAGCCGGCGCCACCGACCACGGGCCCUGCAGCUCUACCUUCGCAGGCUGGGAGGUGCACACCCGGGGCAUAGGCUCCAGGCUCCUCGCCAAGAUGGGCUAUGAGUUUGGCAAGGGUCUGGGCCGGCAUGCGGAUGGCCGGGUGGAGCCGAUCCACGCUUUGGUGCUCCCUCGAGGGAAGUCGCUGGACCAGUGCAUGGAGACCCUGCAGAGGGGGGCCAAGGGCAACAAGGCUGGCCCCAACAGGCCCCCGAAAUGCCGGGGGCGAAGGGGCGGGCCGGGGGGCCGUCCGCCCCCUCGGAAUGUGUUCGACUUUCUGAAUGAGAAGCUGCAAGGCCAGGACCCUGGGGCCCUGGAGGCAGGGGCGGCCCCCUCAGGGAGGAGGAGCAGCAAGGAGAUGUACCACGCCAGCAAGAGCGACAAGCGGGCCCUGAGCGUGCGGCUCUUCCAGACGGAGGAGAAGAUCGAGCAGGCCCAGCGGGACAUCCGAGGCAUCCAGGAGGCCCUCGCCCGCAACACCGGCCGGCACAACGUGACAGUGGCCCAGCUGCAGGAGAAGCUGGCAGGAGCCCAGCAGCAGCUGGGGCAGCUCCGGGCCCAGGAGGCGGGCCUGAAGCGGGCGCGGGGCAAGGCAGACACCCACAGGAAGAUGACGGAGUUCUAGAGCCCUGUACACGUGAUGGGCUCAGCCUCCUCCCUGCUCCCUUCAGGAAGACCAGCCAUUGCCCAGCAACCAGAUGCCGCCUGGAGAGGGCCAGCCGCUACCAGGCUAGACCAGGCAGCCUUCUGGCCAGCCUGGGGCUAUGGACACUGCCGAGUGGAGUUGGGGCUACAGGGUCACUUUUUGACAUCACUUGCCCACUGAGCCUACCUGCCAGUGUCUUAGGGAGUCUUUCUGGCAAGGACAUUAAAGUGAUUGUGCUGCGGUGUCUCA